CUACGCCAUGAAGAUGCCGGUGAAGAAAGCAAUAAGUGCUAAAAACGAGUCCAGAAAAUGCGCAGCGCGGUUCUGGAAACUUUUUCCUCACCUUUUCCUGUGCCUGUCCCUGGUCGGAUACGCAGCGCUGGGUGCGCUCAUCUUCGAGUACAUUGAAGGAAGGAGCGCGUCCAGCACGCAGCCGGAGUACCGCAGCUUUCUGGGUCAGAUCGUCCACACCGUCCAGAACCAGUCCAGUAACGGCUCCUGCACACAUGAGUGUAUAGUGGACAAAGUGUACACUAUGAUGUACAACGACUUUAAGCCCAUAUGGUUCCAGAGACCUGACAGAUGGAGUUUUUUUGGCUCCAUGUUCUUCUGCUGCACAGUCUUCACAACGGUUGGGUAUGGGGAGAUCUAUCCGGUUACCCUGCCUGGUAAGGUGGCAUGUGUCUUGUACGCCAUGGUGGGCAUCCCUCUCAUGCUCCUGGUCAUUCUUGAUGUGGGAGACUUCCUCGCUCUAGUGAUGUCCAGAGCCUACAUUCACAUUCACACCUUCUUCAAAAACCUUCGCUCCCGAACCUGGUCACCCUGGAAGGAUCGAAAGAGGGAAGCGGACUCGAGCCGCUGGGCCCUGGAUGACGGCACCUUUGUGUUCAGUCACGAUGUAGUGAUCCAUGAACCCCUUGACAUUCGGCAGGUGAUGCACAGUCAGGCGGAUGUGCGGCACAAGUCCGUCCAGCUCCAAAACAACAAGGAGAUCUUUGAGAAGAUUCUUGUCAGAGAGAAAUUACUGAGAAACGGUCCGCUGCUCAGGACCAUCUCCUGCCCAGAGCUAGACCAGCUGCCACCACCACCACCUGGAGGAAAGGCCAUAUGGGACUUCACAGGGUUAGGGGAUGGAAUGGAAACGCUGGAUGUACCCUUUGUUCUGAUCCUUUUCGUCGUGUUUGCCUACAUUUGCUUUGGUGGAUUGAUUCUGCCGCUGUGGGAAGACACAUUUACGGACUUUGACCCCUACUACUUCUGCUUCAUCACGCUCACCACCAUCGGUUUUGGCGACAUUGUGCCCAAUCACCCCAAGUACUUCAUGCUCACCUCACUUUUCAUCAUUGUUGGCAUGGCCAUCAUGUCCAUGGCUUUCAAGCUGAGCCAAACUCGAAUCGUAAGCUGUUACCGCCAGUGCAUCAAGAUAAUCAGCAGGGGAAAUGCGGAGACUUUUAAAAGUGACAAGAACAACUAAGUCAUAAAACCGAUUAUCCAGUCCAGGAGUUAUUCAAGUCCACAGUCCUUGUUUUGAAACAGGCCACAACAGGAGCCUGUGGGAGCUUGUGCAGAGUGCUCCUUGUGCUGCCUGGUUGGUUAGAAGCAUGAGCAAAAUAAAAAGUGUGCAUGUGCCAAACGCUUCUGUCCAUAGAGGGAAGAUGAUGCUCAAAAAGAUUUCUAUCAAGAGGAAAUUCAGAUUCUGCAUAUCUAGAUACAGUAUCUUGCCAAAGACAAACAUUUAGCUGUACUUUAAUACUACGUGGUACUGUAGUAUUUUAUAGCCUAAAAGCACUGCAGAGGGACACAAUAGUGUAGCAUCUGACUAUGAAUCAGACCUCUGGAUUUUUCACUCCCUGUAUGAAAAAUUGAAUAAAAUGUCUUAAAUUCAGUUUUGUUUAUUUUUUUUAAAGUGCAUUUUACAACAUGAUUUUAUUGACACCCAUGUGCUCAGUAAGUUUUACAAAUUCAAUACUAAUAUAGAAAAGUAAAGAUUUGGAACAUGCUGUCAUUGGAAUUCGUAGACAACAAAUUAGUUUUAGUUUGCACUUUUAGGUUAAGUUUUUGCAUAACAGAAGUCCCAUCUGUCUGAAGUAAAACAAUGAAAUCCAUUCUCAGUGAUGCAGUGGAAACAAAAAACAUAAAUGCUACAGUUUGACUUAAAAAAAAAAAUAUGAUUACUUUUUGCAGAAAGCUAUGUAAAUUCUUGCAUUAACAAAUGACAGUUUACAAUCUGCCUGACUGUAGAUUUGGGGUUCAUAUGUCUGUAAUUUAGGAACAGGAUUGCCUAUUAUGCAACUAGGGGUUUGUACGUUCAUCUAGUCAGCAGGAGCUCUGAUUGUAAGGACACUGGCAAACACAAGGAGACGUUCCUCCGCUCACGAGUCGAGCCUCCUGCAGAUCAGAUCACUGCAGACCAUGAGAUUCACAGCAAUCACAUUUUGUUUGUGUUUUUAAAAAAUCGAAAUGUCCACAACUAACUUUAUUUUUAGUUGAAUGCAUUUGCCUUGUGCUUUGUGACUGUAAGUAAAAUCGACAGCUUCCCAUUCUGAACAUUUCUUAUAACAAGGAAAGGAUUUGCAUUUUGAUCUCAAAAAGGUUUUGAUUGGGUCAGAAACCAGAGAUCCAUAAAUGUCUGUAACUGGUGGCUUCCAUGUGAGACCUCUGGUAUGGUCCUAGGGCCUGACAGCACACGUGUUCGGAGGUAAGUGACCUAAGCCACAGAUGUCUUUACGUACAGUUAUGGUGUCAGUAUCUGUCUACUUUUGUUAUUAUUUUUUGUUGGUUGACAAUUAAAGAAUGUUUCUGACCAAAA